CCUCUCCCUCUCCCCCUCUCCUGUCGCUUCAUCCUUCACGCCACCGCUCUCCUCCCCCUUCUAUAUCAAUCGCCGCUCCCCCGGCGGCAGACACAGCGGAGCGCAUCUCGACGGCGGCCAUGGCGACGAACGAGAGAACCGUCGCGUCCGUCGACCCCGACGUCGCGCUCGCCUACAGGUUCCCCGAGGUCUCCUUCGCCUACGACGAGAGGGACGUGGCGCUCUACGCGCUCGGCGUGGGGGCCUGCGGCGCGGACGCCGUCGACGACAAGGAGCUCCACCUCGUGCACCACAGGGACAGCCAGCGCCACAUCAAGGUGCUUCCUACCUUUGUUUCUUUAUUUCCUAACAAGAACAGCAAUGGGCGUGGAAUUGUUAAUGUGCCUGGCAUUCACUUCGAUGAAAGCCUUCUAUUGCACGGUCAACAAUACAUAGAGAUCUACAAGCCAAUUCCUUCAUGUGCCAGUGUUGUAAACAAGGUUAAGGUAGCUGGUUUGCACGACAAAGGGAAAGCAACAAUUCUUGAGAUUGAAACUACGACCAGUCUCAAGGAUUCUGGCGAAGUGUUAUGUAUGAACAGGAGCACUAUUUUCUUGCGUGGUGCGGGAGGUUUUUCGGACUCUUCCAGGCCAUACUCGUAUACAACUUAUCCUGCCAACCAGAUUUCUCGCAUUUCUAUUCCAAAUUCUGCACCUUCCGCAGUGCAUGAAGACCAGACACAACAAUCCCAGGCACUCUUAUACAGGUUAUCUGGGGAUUAUAAUCCUUUGCAUUCAGACCCUAUGGUUGCACAGAUUGCAGGAUUCACUCGUCCAAUACUGCACGGCCUCUGCACUCUGGGGUUCGCGGCCAGGGCAGUCAUCAAGUCUUUCUGCAACGGGGACCCAGCAGCGGUGCGGAACAUCUUCGGCCGGUUCCUGCUGCACGUCUACCCCGGCGAGACGCUGGUCACCGAGAUGUGGGUCGACGGCCAGAGGGUGCAGUACCAGACCAAGGCGAAAGAGCGUGACCGCGCCGUGCUUUCCGGAUACGUGCUGCUCAAACACAUCCCCUCAUCAUUGUAAGUGCUGUGAGGAUCAUACUCCCUCUGUAAACUAAUAUAAGAGCGUUUAGAUCACUAUUUUAGUAUUCUAAACGCUCUUAUAUUAGUUUACGGAGGGAGUACUUUUUAAUCGGCGAUUUGAUUAGUUAACUGUGGUGGUCUGAAGAGAGGAUGGUUUCCGGUGUAAACUAUAUAUACUCCUAAGAGAUGACACGGUUGUGCAGAUGAUGAACUCGUAUUAGUACUUGCUUUUUGUUU